AACGAAAGCACUCCGUUACUCUCCGCUACAGGAAAAAUACCACCAGAUCACGUGAUCCGCCCUGGACCCAGUGAAAGCACUGAAAGGCUGAGGCUGGAAAGAUAGCAGUAUGUUGGAUAAAAUUAAAGCUUACUGAAAUUUCGUAUAUUCCUAGUGCAGUUUGAGCUGCAUAGUUUUAUGAAAGGCGUAUAGUUAAUGUGUUUUACAUAAAGGUCACACAGGAAAAGUUGUAUACGUGAACUUGUUCGCCGUUUUGCCGAAUUUCGGGGUGAACUACUACGCAUUUCUCAUCAGGAUUGGCCAGCACAGCAGAUAGGCCUAGGCCUACCGUACACGGUAACAAAUAUGUCGUCGCGGCCCAACCACUGCGUAAACAACCGCAUCCAUCCACGAACAGAGACUUUUUUGUGCGGUGUUGUCGAAGGUUUCUAUGGACGUCCUUGGACGGCAGAACAACGCAAGGAGCUGUUCAAGCGGAUGCAUAUGAUGGGGUUGAACACAUACAUGUAUGCACCCAAGGAUGAUUACAAACAUAGAGCAUAUUGGCGAGAGCUGUAUUCUGUUGAAGAAGCAGACCUGUUGACUAGUCUCAUAACAGCAGCCAAAGAUAACGGCGUUCAGUUUGUCUAUGCGUUAUCUCCCGGUCUUGACAUCACCUUCUCCUCUGCGAAGGAAGUUGCGUGCCUGAAGAGAAAGCUGGAGCAAGUGUCGCACUUUGGUUGUCGUGCGUUUGCAUUGUUGUUUGAUGACAUCGAGGCAGACAUGUGCGAGGCAGACAAAGCCGUCUUUCAGUCGUUUGCCUACGCACAGGUGUCGGUCACUAACGAGGUCUUUCAACACCUGGAACAGCCGCGGUUCCUCUUCUGCCCCACAGAGUAUUGUGCUUCAAGAGCUGUGCCAAAUGUCCCAACGUCAGAGUAUCUGAAUACGAUAGGCAGUAAGCUGCUACCCGGUGUCGACAUACUAUGGACAGGUCCAAAGGUCGUAUCAAGACACGUAUCCGUCGAGUCGAUUGAGGAGAUAACAGAAGUGAUGAAGAGGCCGCCUGUGAUAUGGGAUAACGUCCACGCCAACGAUUACGAUCAGAAACGGUUGUUCUUAGGACCUUACGAUGGAAGGUCCACAGAUCUUAUUCCUUGUUUGAACGGUGUGCUCACGAACCCAAACUGUGAAUUUGAAAUGAACUAUGUUGCAAUGCACACGCUAGCACAGUGGAGCCGAUCAAAUGGUAGCAAGAAAGAAUCCGUGUUGUUAUCCUCUAGUCCCGUCUCGUCGGACAUAAAGCUGGAGACGGAAGGAGACGAGAAGUCCGACGACAGCUCCUCCUCGGCCAGCAAGAGCAGCACCACCUACAUUCCGCGGCGCGCGUUGCGUCAGGCGCUCAAGGACUGGCUGGAGGUGAUCACGCGUCACGAGAUGGCGGGCGGCGCCACGCUCCGACCCGCCAUCCACAUCCCGCUCGUUGGCGCGCCGCCGCCGCCGUCGUCGAGGGCGCCAUCGCUGCUGCCACCCGUCGCCGCGCCCGAGCCGCUCGGCUUCGACGAGUGCGUGCUGCCGCCGACGGUUGUCACGGAGAUGACGCUGCCGCUGCCCGACAACCCGCUCAUCUCGUGCGUGAACACGUGCGUGACGUCGACGCCGACGACGAACACGGUUACGCGCUCUGCCCUCGAGGCCCUCGCAGGCGUCGCCGCCACGAAGCGCCCCCUGCCGGUGAGCGGAGGUGGGGCAGAUCCUGCGGACACGUCCGAGCCGCCGCAGGCCGUACUGAUGAACGCGGUGAACUCGCUCGCCUACGAGGACAAGAUUGUCGAGAACGUCAUCGAACCCAUGGACUGCGCGAGCGAUGGCGAGACCGCGCCGGCACCCCCUGCCGUCGGCGAGCGCUCGGACGGCGACGUGGAAAUGCGCGUGCCGCCGGACGAGGCGGAGACGCCGACAACGGCGCCGGCGGCGCCCCCCAGCGGCAACGAUGACGACGGUGAGCAAAACGACGACUGCCUGCUCUUGGAGGACAUGGAACACGUCGUCGACAUGUUCUACCUGCCAUUCGAACACGGAGCCUUCGCCGUUUCCCUUCUUGAAGAAUUCCACUGGUUGAAGAGCAACUCGCACCUCGUCAACGCCGCGACGGCAAGGGAAGCGGCGGUGGCGCCCUCUGCCGGCGUGCAGGAGUGGCGGGAGCGCGCGUCAGCUUUCGAGGCGAAGGCCAAGCGACUGUCGGACACGUUCACGAACCUGACGAAGAUCCGGAAUCGCGCGCUCGUAUACGACCUAUACCCUUACAUGUGGGACAUGAAGGGCGUCAUCUCCCUGCUGCUGGGAUUCGUCAAGUGGCUAGCGUUCGGAGCUGGCGUGAAGGAGAGCAGCCCUUACCUGAUGGACAGCCUGUCCUGCUAUACAUGGUCUACGAACGGCUACCGGGAGGCGUUUAUGAGCGGAGAGCAGGAGCCGUGGGUCUUCAGAGGUGGUCUGCAAUCGGAGUUCCAACGCAUGUUGCCAAUAGAGGGCGCCAACGACUUGUUCACCCAGGCGCCGCCAACAACAAUAGACUGCCGCGUUUUCACCAUCCGCCCAUAUCUGUCCUCGGAUGAGGACAUUGUCUAUGACAUCUGUGUGAAGACUUGCGAUGAUGGUCUGGAUGGCAGCGAGAUGUUUCUAGAUGCUCCGCGACUGAUAGGAGACAAAUUCGUCGGCGGCAUGGUGACCCUGAGUCCGGAAUAUUCGUUUGUUGUCGACGACGAUGAGGGGCCGUGCGGGUACAUGCUCGCCGUGCUGGACUCGAAGGAAUACUUCGCAAAGUACGAGGCCGUCUGGAUACCGGAGAUGCGUGCCAAAUAUCCGGCACCGAACAAAACCGACGGAACGUCAUUGACGCCGUCGGAGGAGAUAAUCAUGAGCUUCUACAACUAUAAGAGGUACCUGCCCUCGAACCUCUACAACAGUUUCCCCUCGAUCGUGCGCAUGAGUCUGCUACCUCGUGUCAGUGACGUCAGUCUACCCAAACGCAUGAUGGCCUGUGUACUGUCCGCUGUCAAGGCUAAUGGGUCUAAGGGUGCUUACUGUGAGGUGAGCAUAGGAGACAAGCAUGUCAUGAACAUGUACACGGGACUCGGAUUCUUCCAAGUCACUAUGCUGGACGAAUAUUCAGACGAAGUCAUUGCCCUGGGCAGACCAUUGUAAGGAAGGGCAUGGGGCCAGGCACUUCUGUAAGAGAGUAGCAAACCCGCUGUAGGUGCAGGGCAUAUCGCUGUAUGGGCAGGGGCGAGGACUCACCCUUUCACAGGGCAGGAGAGACCCCUGUAAGGGUGGCGCAAACUGCUUUAGUGACAGGGAGCGGGAGAUUGCUAUAGCGACCUGGGGACAUUAUCGUAGCAUUUUCGUUUAUUCACGUUGCAGGCGUUGGCAUGGGAGUAGUGUGCCCUAUUUCAUUACAGUAAUGCGCAGUAAAUGCUACUGCUUUUUCGAAAGACUUCCAAAAGUGUCUGUACAUAACCAACCUGCUACGAGCAAAGUAAUCUAGUGUCUAGCAUUAAGUUCGAGUUAUUGAUGAGUCUGUGAGAUGUGGAAGGAACACUCGGAUAAUGUUGCGUGCACGAUGCAGUGUGUGGUGGCGAAGCGUGCGCAUACCCACCCACCUGCGCUACCAAGCUUCUGGCUACUGCAGUCCCACGUUUAGUCGAUAUAUAUGAUCGAGGUUCCUCGGAGGUUGCGAGAAACGCAGGAACAGAAAAAAAGCAUCGGUGUUACUAUAGUGUUGUUCACUGUCAUAUCGCUCGUAAACUGUCGGUCCAGCUGCCCGCGGUGCAAUCGUUGGGAGCUUAUAUGUACAUUAUAUGCUGGAAUCCAGCCGUGGCAUGUAUGUUCAUUCACUCAUGAAUGUCUACAGAUGAUGUGUUGCUCCGACGUUGCAUAGAGCUGCACGUGCGCACGUUGCUGUGGGAGGAGCGCUCCAUAAAAACAAGCAGCGCAUUUCGUUAACCGGAAUAAAGGGAAAGGGAAAUUAUGCUAUUACUAUGCCUCGUUUAUAUGUGUACGUAUCACUUAAUGGCUGACGAUCGAGUAAUAAUGGUAUUGAACUCGGCUUUACCUUGUGUGUGUGUGUGUGUGAAUAUAUAUACAUAUAUAUAUAUAUAUAUAUAUUUAUAUAUAUAUGCAUAUGUAUACAUAUA